UCUUAAGCAAAAAUCAAAUCUAGAGAGAGAGAGAGAGAUGAGAACAAUGCUGUAGAUGUAGAGAGGGAGAUUAUAUGUACAGAGAGAGAAAGCGCAUGGUUGAUGACGAUGGACCGAGAAAAGGAAAGAGAGACGGAGCUAGAAAGUGCGAUGUAUACCAACUGUUUGUUGUUAGGGCUUGAUCCGUCGAUCAUCGGAGUCGGAGCAAAUAACGGUACUCCUCGGGUGGGGUUAUUUCGACACUCCAACCCUAAAUUGGGUGAACAGCUACUAUACUUCAUAUUGUCCUCUCUCAGAGGUCCAAAAGAUUUUGAUAGAGUGUGGCCGAUUUUUGAUUCUACUCAAUCUCGCGAUUUUCGGAAGGUCGUACAAAGCAUCAUAAGUGAGCUUGAAUCACAAGGGGCGCUUCCGAGAAGUAAUUCGAGGGUUUCAUCGCUGGCUACAUGUUGCGGACCUAGAUUCGUGGAACUGUUAUGGCAGCUUUCUUUGCAUGCUUUGAGAGAAGUUCACAGACGUACAUAUGCAGCCGAUGUAGUCUCAAAUCCACUACCCGCUUCACUAACCGAUGUAGCUUUCUCACAUGCAGCCACUCUUCUUCCCGUAACAAAGGCUAGAAUAGCUCUUGAGAGAAGAAGGUUUCUGAAAAAUGCUGAGACAGCAGUUCAGAGACAGGCAAUGUGGUCAAACUUGGCUCAUGAAAUGACAGCAGAGUAUCGUGGUCUUUGUGCUGAAGAGGCAUAUUUGCAGCAAGAGUUGGAGAAGUUACAUGACCUGAGAAACAAAGUGAAGAUGGAAGGUGAACCUUGGGAUGAACUUGUAUCUAGCUCAAGUCAAAACUCUCACCUUGUUCAAAGAGCUACCCGCUUGUGGGAUUCUUUAUUAUCAUGUAAAAGUCAACACGAAGUUCUUGCCUCAGGCCCCAUUGAGGAUCUGAUAGCACAUAGGGAGCAUCGAUAUCGUAUCUCUGGAUCAUCUCUUCUUGCAGCCAUGGAUGAAAGUACCCAAGUUUCUUCUGGUGAUUUAGAUAAGGAACAAGCUGAUAGAUCACAAGUAAAUAGAGAAAAUUUGAAGGAAAAUAUAAGUUCUUCUCAACCUGGGGAUGAUCGAAGUGGAAGAGGUCAGCCCACAGUUGAUAUAGCAGAAGUUUUAAGGCGAUGGACUCAUGCCUUACAGCGUAUACAUAAACAGUCACUUCACCUGGCAAAGGCGAAUGGUGGUGAAGGUCCGGAUCUUCUUCGAAGUGCAAGUGAUGGUGGUACAAGUGGCCAUGCUGAAUCUUUAGCUACAACACUUGCUGAACAUCGACAGCAUUUAGCUAGCAUACAGGUGCUUGUUAAUCAACUGAAAGGUGUUGCCCCCACAAUACAAAAUUCAAUAUCAGAGCUUAGUGAGGAAGUCAACACUAUCUCAGCCAACCUUCCUCAAAUGACAAAUCACCAUGGUAGAUCCACCUCACCUGUUCAACCACAAAGCACCGGAAGGAAAACGGAAAGUAGCAGUGAUGAUGUGACGGAGAUUUCUUCAAGAUUAUCAACGGUUCAGAUUGAUAAUAAAGUUUCGUCUGCUUUAAAACUACCACCUCUAUUUAGUUUGACACCAAACUCAACUGCAAAAACUGGGAAUUUUUAUAAAAGACAGGCUCAACUUCAUACCAACGUAUCUGAAAACCUGCCUCUCGAACAAACUGCAUCAAAUAGCCAAGUAAAUACACCACAAACAGACAACGAGAACGAUUAUGUUCGUAACAUGAAGAAAUCCGUGAGAGAAGCAGCUUUAGCAACGCGAUCAAGCAACACAGCCCAAUCACAACAGGAUACUCACUCUGUCUCUGAUGAUGGCUCUGAACACUUCUUUGUUCCCCUUUCAGGAACCGGGUUUUCUCGUGUGGGCCCAGGUCCUGAAAAGAAACAACACGCUUCAACAAGAAGUAAACAGUUGUUUGCAUCUCAACCAAACAACACUUCCUCAUCCUCAGAUGGAAUAAAUAAGUAUAACGAAUCACACGACACAUUCAGUAGCAGUAACUUGGAUUUACUUAAUGACUUGGAUGCAAUAAACAUAAACGGUUUCAUGUCUGCUGCUGCUUCCAAUUAUGCAGAAUCUGAAGGACGAUUGUCUUUCUAUGAUGUCGAUGAAACUCACGAUCAAGUCUUCUCACCCCCUUUUCUCAUGGAGGCAGACUCAUUUGAGGAUUUACUUGCACCACUAUCAGAAACUGAAACAGCCUUGAUGGAGCAUCAUUAGUAGCUGCUGGUGUUUUAUGUUUUUUUUUUUUUUUUUUAAUU